UGUUUCUUUCUUUCUUUCUUUCCUUCUUUCGUUCUGAUGUCUUCUGCUCACCUUGAUAGUUAAUUCCUCAAUAAAUUCAAUUCCUUUGGCUUUGGGGAUCCCAUUUUCCCCAAUUCCAUCUCUGUAAAUCCUCAACCUUUCUUCUCAAUCGAUCUCACAUUCUUGCAAUUUCACGAUGUCGUUUGAGGAGGACGAGGAGACCUUCGAGCACACUCUCCUUGUCGUUCGCGAGGUAUCCGUUUACAAAAUCCCUCCUCGAACCACAUCCGGCGGCUACAAGUGCGGCGAGUGGCUCCAAUCCGAUAAGAUCUGGUCCGGCCGCCUGAGGGUUGUGUCCUGUAAGGACCGAUGUGAGAUCCGGUUGGAAGAUCCCAACUCCGGUGAACUCUUCGCUGCUUGUUUUAUUAAUCCUGGUCAGCGAGACAACUCCGUCGAGACCGUUCUUGACUCUUCUCGAUACUUCGUUUUGAAGAUCGAGGAUGGACGGGGUAAGCACGCUUUCGUAGGGUUAGGUUUUGCCGAGCGAAAUGAAGCUUUUGAUUUCAAUGUCGCAUUGUCCGACCAUGAGAAGUACGUCAGGAGGGAUCAUGAGAAGGAUCCCAGUACUGGCAGCGAUGUCAAUGAAGAGAGCCAAAUUGAUAUUCAUCCUGCUGUCAAUCACAGACUGAAGGAAGGUGAAACAAUUCGAAUCAAUGUGAAGCACAAACCAUCGGGUGGAACUGGUAUGCUAUCAGCUGCUGGCAUGUCAGGGUUUGGUACUGGAAAGCCAAAAGCAUUGAGUCUUGCUCCACCACCAACUGGAGCUGUGAAAAUCAGGUCUCCUCUUCCACCCCCUCCAAAUGACCCUGCUGCUCGAAAGCUAUCUGCCAGCGCAUGCCGCGAUGUUGGUCACGAGGGAAAAAAGGACAAUGUAAGGCAUGCAGCCGAUCCAUUAUCAGAUCUUUCCCAACUUGAGAAAACUCUUCCUUCUGCUCCAGGUUCAACAAAGGCAGCAGCAUCAGGAUGGGCAGCAUUCUGAUCAAUGUAAGCUGGUGUUUGAUAUCAAAAGAUCUUAGUUUGAUGUUUUUUCUGGAGGUUUCGUAAUCUUCAUUUUUUGUUCAUCUUGGGGGUGAAAGGGGAAGAAAAAGGUGAAAGGGGAGUUAUAAGUGAUAAUACCAUAUACCAUCUUUUGGAAAAUAAUCUUGGAAUAUAUAUGUAUACUUCUCCAGUUAUUUUCCCUACCUAAUGGAGAUAUUUAUCUCGAGUUGUCUCUGUAUCCCAUUUCAAUCCAUUGCCUUCGAUUUCUGUUUCUAAUUGUAUUGAUUCCAUUUUGUAAUUCUA